AGGCGUACAGAUCCAUAGACAGUUUUCUCGCUAAAAGCAGGUGUCACGAGUACAAGAAGAGGCGCUUUUCCAGUCGUAGCCUUUUCACCCGCGAAAAGUCGUGUUCCGACGUCCCAUUGUUCUAUUGACACGUCUCACUCACAUGAUUAGCAUUUGAAAGCGUUUCCGAUCUAUUGAACUGGGUUCUGGUGCAACAGCGAGCUCAAACCGAGGUAAGCUCUUGCUCGGAGUCGAUUCGCAGAUGGCGACGCCGAUAGAGGAGCAGAAGCAAGAUAAUCCCGCUGAAAAGCAGGCAAAACCCGGGGAAGAGACGGCCACCACGGCUCCUCCACAAGAUGAACAGAAGAAAACAGCAAAGAAGACAGAGCUGGCAAUUUUAAACUUUGUGAUCAAGUAUCUGAGGCUAGUCGGUGGCGCGUUGUUGAUUUGGUUUAUGGGUUGGCUCGGGUUGAGUUAUGUCUGGCUCAUUUGUGGGUUUUUCGUCUACGUUUUAUGGCGUAUGAAUCAAGAUGAACGAAAGACUAGGAGGGAAGCGUUUAGAGAAGCUACAGAACGUGAACACGAAGUUGUAGAGGCGCGAAUGGAAGAUCUGCCAUCUUGGGUUUUCUUUCCCGAUAUAGAGAGAGCGGAGUGGCUCAAUAAGAUGCUGGUUCAACUAUGGCCAUACAUCAAUGACAUGGUUGUGAAGAUUUUAAAAGAACAAGUUGAACCAGAGAUUCAAAAGAAUGUGCCAGGCUUCCUCAGCUCCAUCCACUUUGAAGAAAUCUCUCUUGGUGAAGUGCCUCCUCGUAUAGGUGGAAUCAAGACGUACACCCAUAAUGUCGACCGUAAUGAGAUCAUCAUGGACAUUGAUUUGAUUUACGCUGGUGAUGCAGACUUUAAGCUGGCUGUCAAAGGGAUUGCUGUAGGCAUUGAGGAUCUCCAGAUUCGUGGAAGCCUGCGUGUGAUCCUGCGCCCCCUUAUUCCGGCAGCUCCUCUUGUAGGUGGAGUCUCUGUUUUCUUCCUCAACAGACCGGACAUAGACUUCGAUUUAACCAAUUUGGCAAAUAUUCUUGAUAUCCCAGGUCUAAGUGACAUUAUCCGUGGAGUAAUCGAUGAUGUCGUUGCUGGAUUUGUGGUUCUUCCUAACAGGAUCACGGUUCCUCUGACCAAUGUUGAUCCUUAUGAACUCAAAUACCCCUUGCCUGACGGAGUUCUUCGAAUUGAAGUUUUGGAGGCUAAAGAUCUGGUCAAGAAGGAUAUUGGCGUUUUUAAGAAAGGCUCUUCUGAUCCAUAUGCCAUACUCCGAGUGGGAGCCAAGAAUUUCCGCACACAGACAAAGGACAGCACACUGAACCCAGUCUGGAAUGAAGUAUUUGAGGCUUUUGUUGAUAACUCUCAUGGCCAGAAAAUAAAGAUUAGUGUCUUUGAUGAAGACAAGGCAUCUGAUGAUGAGUCCCUUGGAACUGUUGAAGCUGACAUUGCUACUAUAGUCCAACAAGGCAAUGUUGAUCUGUGGCUUCCACUCGAGAAUGUUGAAAGUGGUCAGAUCAACCUGCGAUGUACUUGGUUCACAUUGACUCCUAAACCUGAGGACCUGUCACCACCUGAGCAAGCCGUACUGGGAGAGGAGAUGUUAGCUACAGCAGUCUUGUUUGUGAAGCUGGAUUCUGCCAAGAAUCUUCCUAUCACAAAUCCUGCACGCGGAACAACAAGUCCAUUCUGCAAACUUACCGUUGGAAAUAUUACUCUCCAGAGCAAGACCAUUCAGGAUUCUAAUAGCCCUGUGUGGGAAGAACCAUUCCGCUUCAUGAUCCAUGAUCCAAAAUAUCAGGAGCUGGAUAUUGAGAUUAUUGAUGGAGGGAAGGAGAAAACUAUUGGCAAACUGGAAUUCCCACUGACUCAGCUUCUCAAGAGUGAGAAUAUGACAAUUGAACAACCCUUCCCUCUGAAGGAAUCUGGCCAUAACAGCACUUUGACCUGCAAGUUUAUGCUAAAGGCCUUGUUUACAAGGGAUGAUGACACCUCAGAUGAGGAAGAGGAGGAUGAAGCAGAAGCACCUGACAUAAUUGGUGCUGAUGAGUUGCAGGGUGGUGGUGUGAGUGAAAUCCCAGGAAGUAAGCAAAGCGAGGAUAGCACUGUCAGACGAAGAAAACCAGCCCAAAAAGUUCAAAGGACAGUGUCUGGCGACAUUCGCCUUACCACACGAUACAACAACCAGGGGAGUAAGCUGGAGGUCAUUGUUCACCAAGCAAGGAACUUGCUGGCUUGUGAUUCAGAUGGUCUUUCUGAUCCAUAUGUGCGAGCUUAUCUACUCCCUGACAAGUCCCGUAGUGGCCGCAGACGAACUGAUGUCAAGAAAAACACUCUGGAGCCUGUUUGGGAUGACACGUUUGACUGGUUUGUUCCAGAGGACCAGCUGAAAGAGCGUACGCUAGAUAUCACUGUUAAGAAUGAUGUUUCAUUCUUUUCAAAGAGCAAGACUUCUAUGGGCCAGGUUCUGCUUGACCUUGGUAAGCUGGAUUUGUCAAAGGCCAUUACUGACUGGUACAUGUUGCGUGAUGAGAAAAAGGAAGAUGAUGACUGAAAAAGUAAACCAAUUUGUGGAGUUAAAAGGCCAGAGCAGUGGAUUAGUGAGGAAGCAACAGUUUACAGUAGCACAUAUAGUGGGAAAAAUAAAUAAUCUGAAAAAUAUAAAUCUGUGAUGAAGAUUUGAGAGAAAACAAUAUGCAGUCCAGACCAGUGAUUAAAUUAUCAGAUUUGAGCAAGAGCAUCAUAGUUCUGUAACUCUUGCCUCCCUUAAAGGUAAUUUUUAACUAAUUGUUAAGUUGGACACCAGACAUAACUCUUUUGUUCCAUAUUAUGUUUUCCUUUAAAUUUAUUUUCAUUCACUUCCUUCAUCUUGCCAAACUGGUUUUCAAAAGCUGACCUUUAUUCAGCUCUGAUGUUAAGUUUGAUUCAAUGUAAUCCAAUGCAGUCAUUCCUCUAUUUUCAUUCUUUGGUACACGUGCCGUAACUACUGUAUGUAUAAGAAAAAAAGUAUUUUUUGUUUGUAAAUUAUAAACCGUUAUGAGUUCUACGUUAAACAAGAAAUGACCAGCCUUCAAGUAAAACGUUUUUAUUACUAAUUUAUAUGGCGAGUAGGUAUUUUUCACCUGUAAAGACAUGUAUUGGUGUUAAAUGCUAAGUAUUUAAAAGCAAUCAGAGGUUGUGUGGAAGUGUUAAAAUAUUCAACAAAAUCUCCACCAGUGCUUUACAUGUAUUAAUUAAAUUUGCUAAAAUGGAAGGAAUGAAUUCUAACGGCUUACCUUUCUUGUACAACAAAAAAAUAAUUGCGCACUUAACUGGUAGUUAUUGUAAACAAUGGCAUUUUAAUAUAUUUUAAUUGAAUGCAGAAUUUGGAACUAUUAUAUCUGCUCAUGCUCUGGAAGAGACAAGUGGCUGCAAAUUUUCCAGUCACAAUAAAAAAAUACAUGUAGCAUUGUUUGGGUAUUAAAUAAUUUUGUGCACAUUUUGUAGAGGUAGUUAUAUGUGAACUGCUGGAGUAAAUAAUAAACAAUAUAAAGUAAUAUAAA